CUGUCCUGCCCACAGGGGACUCGUGGGGGAUGCUCGCGUGCCUGUGCACCGUUCUCUGGCAGGUCCCUGCGGUGCCAGCCCUCAACCGCACAGGAGACCCGGGGCCCGGCCCCUCCAUCCAGAAAACCUAUGACCUCACCCGCUACCUGGAGCACCAGCUCCGCAGCUUGGCUGGGACCUAUCUGAACUACCUGGGCCCCCCUUUCAACGAGCCUGACUUCAACCCCCCUCGGCUGGGGGUGGAGACUCUGCCCAAGGCCACUGUCAACCUGGAGGUGUGGCGAAGCCUCAACGACAAACUGCGGCUGACCCAGAACUACGAGGCCUACAGCCACCUCCUGUGCUACCUGCGGGGCCUCAACCGCCAGGCCGCCACGGCCGAGCUGCGCCGCAGCCUGGCCCACUUCUGCACCAGCCUCCAGGGCCUGCUGGGCAGCAUCGCGGGCGUCAUGGCAGCUCUGGGCUACCCGCUGCCCCAGCCUCUGCCCGGGACUGAGCCCACCUGGGCCCCUGGCCCUGCCCACAGUGACUUCCUCCAGAAGAUGGACGACUUCUGGCUGUUGAAGGAGCUGCAGACCUGGCUCUGGCGCUCGGCCAAGGACUUCAACCGACUCAAGAAGAAGAUGCAGCCUCCGGCCACCGCGGUCACCCUGCACCUGGAGGCCCGUGGCUUCUGAUCUCUGACCACCCUCUCCUCCCCCUCCUCCUUCCAGCCCUGCUCCCACUCUAGGAGGGAGAAACGUGUACACCAACACUUCUUGAGCCAGGAGACAGAAGCCGUGAGCCUCUAGCCUCCCUGGACUUGGAGGAGGGUGUGAUGCAAUAAGGCCCAUCCCCUCCUGGCCUCCCUAAGUCCUACGGGUCUGAGGAAGAGGUGCAAUAGGCCCCAUCCCAUUUCCAGAGGACAUCAUGCCCAAGGGCACCCAGAGUGGCUGCAGUCAGUGUGAAGCUCUUGGAGCUUCCUGCUUCCUGCCCACCACUUGCCAGCGCCCACCCAGCCCCUCAAGUGGCACUUCCAGGAAGCAUGCCUGUAGGGCAGGGACAGGGGGGCACCAUCACAUGUGCCUUUCUGGGGUGAAACCCUUUGGCUGCCCUGCUCUCCUUAGAUGGGUGUUGCUCACCCACCCCUCAAACAACUCAAUACAUCCAGUUCAGGAAACACACAGUGGCCAAGUCCAGAUGCAAGAGAUGUGAUGAAAAAUGGAAAAGGUGGGGUCUGCAAUGGAGGUAAUACUGAAAGCAGAGGGGCAGGGACAGACUGGACCCAGGGGCCACCAAGGCGAUCCGUGGCACAGGGCAUCAUCCAAAAGGACACUGCCUUGAAUUUUCUUGCCAGCUUCAGGGCGCCUCCCCUCUGCCCCCUUUCCCAGGGUAUCUGUCGGUUGCCCAGGCUGGGGAGGGCAGCCACAGCCACAGCCACAGGAUUUCCUGAAAGUUUACAUUGCGGUAGCAUUUUGGGGUACGGGGGCAGCUCCCCUAGGCCCUGCCCCCCAGCCCCACCCAACUCAUGACUCUUUUAAGUUUGUUGUAUUAAUAUUUAUUUAUUUGGAGAUGUUAUUUAUUAGAUGAUAUUUAUUGCAGAAUUUCUAUUCUUGUAUUAACAAAUAAAAUGCUUGCCCCAGAA